ACAAACAAACAUCAGCCAAUUAUUCAAGCCAGGCUAGCGAUCUCAUCGCGCUUGAAUCCAAUACCAGCACCACCACCGCCGACGACGACAUGGGCAACAGCCUGCGGUGCUGCCUGACCUGCAUGAUCCCCUGCGGCUCGUUCGACGUCGUCCGCGUCGUCCACCUCAGCGGCCGCGUGGACGAGUUCAGCUGCCCGAUCACCAGCGGCGCCGUCCUCGCCGCGCACCCCAACCACACCCUCGCCACCGCUUGGUCCUCCGCCGGCGUCGGCUGCCCCACCAAGAAGCUCGUCAUCGUCUCGCCCGACACCGAGCUCAAGUGCGGUCGCAUCUACUUCCUCAUCCCCUCCGCGACCGUGCCGGCGGCCGACAGGAGGAAGAGCCGGCCGAGCUCCAAGAAGAGCAAGCGGCCGAGCAGCCAGGGCAAGAGCGGCGGCGCCAGCACGGCCGAACAGGAUAACUAUCUGACGGACCUGCUGUCUGAGAAGGCCGCGUCAGGUGCCCACCGGAGGCGGCGAAGCAGCUGCAGGGUCGCCGUGUGGAGGCCGGAGCUCGAGUGCAUAGUGGAGGAGACCUCGGAUUAGAGAGCUCGAAGAGCACUCUACUUUUCCUUCGCCACUCCUAUUCUUUUCUGUUUCCUCUCUAAUCUUCCGAUGUCAGUACCACGAGAACGUAUUUCUGGUUCUCAUAUUUCGAUACCCUGGCACAUGUACAGUGAUGUCCAGAGGGUUAAGUGGUUCUUAGAUCGGAGAUGGGAGGGGAAACUGAGGCAAAAUAAUUGUAAGCUCCCCAACAACCUGUACAGAGAGAUUUGGUUGAGUUCAUUGGAACUUUCUAAGAAAAAAAUCUUUCGUGAUGUA